AUGCACGGGAAUACUUCAAAAUGGCUCUGCAUUAUAGUUUACGUGACCAUGUUACUACAGACUCAAGCUCAGAAAUAUAAUCAUCAUUGGGAUAAAGCUCCGAGGUGGGGCUGGCCGAGGUUUACCUAUUGGCCGAAUAGGCCUACAUAUCAAGUUCGUUUUAGUGACAGAAUUUCACUUGUCAUUCUUAAUAUUCCGAACUACCAAAAUAGGACUUCAAAGUACACGGUUAUUGCGCCGUCAGUUCUUAUUGACCACAGUCGAGUACUUACGGCAUACAACCCUUUAAGAGAGAUAUUAUUUGAUCCCGAUAUUGCAAAUGAAUUGGUUGUAGCCUUCGUACAAAGUUAUACGCAGAAACAUGUCGUAGGAGUGCACAUAGCGAGAAUCAUAUGCGCACGUCAAAUAGUAUACUUGCCAGAAUUUCAGGUCAAAUACUGGCAUGGAUUCGAUCUAAUGCAUUCCCCUGAACAUGACUUGAUGAUAUUAAGAGUAGAAGAAGAAUUUCCGUACCCUAAUUUCUCAACAUAUUAUGACUAUACGUGGGAUAUUGAAUUUAGAGGCUACGGAUAUGUUGGUCCCCUCUGGACAUUUCUCGCUAAGAGUAAUGAUAAACUAUCUGGAGGUGCGAAGAUUUUUUCCUUAGGUUUCAGUAAACGGGAAAUGACAGAAUAUACAAAAAUUCAUGAGCUUUAUGUGGAAGUGUCAGCAAAUGUUGUGGACUGUCGGGAGUGGAUGCCAGUGGAAUGGGGAUAUUUUAUCUGCGUAAAAAAUGAACACAACUACCACGGAAUUGGGGAUGGCGCCAUGUUAUAUUCUAAAAAUAAAUUAUACGGAGUUGGCUCCUUUACCAUGUAUAGGAACAUUACCUCGAGUGUUUUUGUAUUUACGGACGUAAGAGUUUAUAGAGAACUUGUGGAACAUGCCUGUACGGAUAGAGAGGUUACUUAUUGGUGUGAUCUGAAACAUGGUUUGUUAGAGUCUAAGUACCAAGGAGGAAACAAUUACCUAUGGGUCAGCUUGGAGCGAUACGCGCUUGAAAUAGGAGUCAUAUACUACCCUGGUAAUACUAAUUACAAGGAAUUCCUUCAAGAAUAUGAUGCACAGCUAAAAGAUCCAUAG